UGUGAGUACUAAAUCUUUUGAGUACGCCAUAUACCCACCAACAUUUCAUCGCAGUCUUUAUCAACUAUCGAGCUCUCGUCUCACUUCACUCUUUUAACCGCCAUAUUUCACACUCUUUCCAAAAUGCUUCUCAAGUCACUUGGACUCUUGUUCCUUGCGUCUGUAUCAGUCGCUGAUCUACACUCUUACUGCGCCUGCCAGUUUGGCAGAGACAAGGAUAUUGACUUUGAGACUACCAAGAAGGUAGCCGAAGACCCUUGCAGCAACCCAUUUACUUGGGCACCCAUCGUCUAUCAGCCCCACCAAGCACUCACAUGGGCUGCUACUGACAGAGUCAGGUGGCGUGGCUCAUACUUGCAAUGCGCAUCAGGAGAGAAGUGCAUUGAUGGUGAUGACUUUGUCCGUCAGUGCCGCAAGUUCAACCCCAAUGCUGAUGGGGCUUGCGUUGAGUGCCCCGGCUGGCCAUCGCAGAGUGGUAACGGGGAGAUCAUUUGCAACUAGGUUUUGGCCGCGAUGGGAUAGAAUAUGGGCUUGGCUAUCGGAUUUGUGUGUUCCUGGGUUGUUUGUUGAUCGCCUGGUUCUAGUUAGAGGACUAUCUACUCCACCAAUUUCUAAGAUGCUCCUCGAGAUGACUAUGUCGACCUGAAAGAAAGAUAAAGUUCCUUAUCAUGCACGCUUGUCCGAGAUCCGUAGAGUUUCAAAGACUUGAACCC